AUGCGGAUUUCUCCCCAGACUGAACUGACCUGGGCAUGCACCAUGCACAACAGCACUGCCCAAACUCCACAUGCGGCUGGGACGUGUAACGAGACUCUGUCCACACAGCCCCCGAGCUCCGAGCUCUCAGUGGGCGUGCUGGUGCUGCUGGCAUUCCUCAUGGUGCUGCUGGCUCUGGUCACCAUCCUGGGAAACGCCCUGGUGAUCCUGGCUUUCAUCAUGGACAGAAACCUCAGGCAUCGCAGUAACUACUACUUUCUCAACCUCGCUAUUUCUGACUUUGCCGUGGGUGUGUUCUGUAUUCCUUUGUACAUCCCUUAUGCCCUGACAGGGAUGUGGCACUUGGGAAGAGGUGUCUGCAAGAUCUGGCUGGCUAUGGACUAUCUUCUGUGCGCAGCUUCAGUGUUUAGCAUCGUCCUUAUCAGCUAUGACCGUUUCCUGUCAGUUACAAAAGCUGUAUCUUACAGAGCCCAGCAGGGAAUAAUGUCCAACCCUGUCAUCAGCAUGGUGGUCAUAUGGGUCCUUGCUUUCCUCCUCUACUGCCCAGCAAUCCUCUUUUGGGAGCACGUGGCUGGACAAAGCGUGGUAGCAGCAGAUCAGUGCUACGCCGAGUUCUUUGACAACUGGUACUUCCUCCUGUGCGCAUCCACCCUGGAGUUCUUUGUGCCGCUGCUCUCGGUGACCUACUUCAACGUGCACAUCUUCCACAACAUCCAGAGGCGCCAGCGGCGUGGCAGCACGCAGGACUGUGAGCCUCCAAGGAGAGGCAGCUUAUCCUGGAGAUUUUGCCUCUUGCCAAGGCCAGGAGCAUCUUCUCUUCCAUCAGAAGCAGAGGACAGUGUUUCAUCAUUAACGAGGUCAUGGAAACCAGCAGUGAUGGCUAACUGCCCAUCUCCGACACCAACCAGUCCCACGCCUCUUAAAAGGGACUUUUCUGUUUCUUUCUCUUCAAAGACUGGGUCAAAACUCCAGCGGGACAAGAAGAUAGCGAAGUCACUUGCCAUAAUUGUCUGUGUGUUUGCCAUUUGCUGGGCCCCGUACACUUUGCUAAUGAUUAUUCGUGGGGCCUGCCAAGGAACCUGUGUCCAUAACUCCUUGUAUGAAAUAACCUUUUGGCUUCUGUGGAUCAAUUCCUCUUUGAACCCAUUUCUUUACCCUCUCUGUCAUAUGAGGUUUCGAAUGGCUUUCAUGAAAAUAUUAUGUCCACAGAAGUUUGCAACACUGAGAUCACAUAACCCACCUUCUUUAUAG